GUGGUUUACGUGGCAAAUUGGCUUUCCUUUGUGGGAUAAUGCCAUUUUCAUUAGCUCUACUUUGAUUAGCGUAUGACAGGUGUUCGUGUAAAAUAAGCAAUUUUACCUAUUUCCUUCAUCAGUUUGGUAGCUGAAACAGCUACCAAUUUACUUCCACUAUGACAGUUUCCAGUAACAUAUGCUACUGAUUGGCUAAUAUUAGCCAAUCAGAUCUCUGGAGUUCCCCGCAGUGCGUUACAACUAUGACGCGGCAAAGACAUAUUUGGACAUAUCAUUUCUAUAUUGAUAUGCCUAUCUACACUGCAUUGGCCUUGCGUGGAUGUCAUCAAGUGAAAUAUUUUGGCUUAAGGUCAGUGAGACGCUAGUCGCUACUCUUCUAUACGCUAUGCCCUUUUUCAAUAUGAAUACGGUGUCGUGUUCUGACUGCAGACUCCUGACUUUUCUGGCGGCAGCAGAAAAGUACUCCAGCCCAGCAGACUCCAGCCGAGCCGCACCCAGUGACGGCCGACGCCGAGCGGCCGGUCGGCGCUCCAGACGGGCCGCGCCGCCGGCCAGCCCACCGCCAGGCACUGCACCAGUAGCGGCCGCGCCUGCCCGGCCAGUACCCGGGCCGCGCACACUGCGGCUGACGUGCAGCCCGCCGCCGCCGCAGUCGCCGACCCACGGACGGAUACACGGCCACCUACGUCCGGCUGGCCGACCAGACCACCCUGACCAGGUCUAUCCGCCGACCGGAGCUGGUGCUGCUCCUCAAACACCUGCGGCCCAACACGGCAUACUCAGUCCCGAUGAGCGCCUGUAACCGAGCCGGCCAGGGUCCUGCCAGCUCGCCCGUCACCGCCACCACAGAGGAGGGAGUGCCGGAGGUGGCGCCGCGUCAGCUGACCUGCCGGGUCGUGUCACCCUCCUCCAUCGGUCUCAGCUGCCUGUGACUGGCCGGCGGCGCGUGCUGGCGGCGCGAGGGCCAGCUCCCGGCCGACCUGGACGUGGCCGAGUUGUGCAGUCUGCUGCCGGUCACAGUCUACCAGCUGUUGGUGAGCGCCCACAGCGCGGCCGGCACCACAGAGUCUACCACCCGGCUGGCCAUCCACGCCGCAGACGGAGCAAUGAUAUCUCCGCUGCCGCCGCCAGAAAAGUCUGUCAAUGGGAGGCAGUGACGCCGGGGCUCAGAACCGGGAGGGCGAUCCGUCGGAGCGGUUAGCUGUGAACUGGCCACGGCCGGGUAGAGCCCACCGUACUCCCGGGACACCUGCUGAAUCGUCAGCUGACUAGUGACGUCCUUAACUCCAGAGGUGCUGUCUUGGACGUGGAACCUGCCGCCCAGCUGGUCGGCGCUGACGCCGUCCCUGACAGCCGGCGGCGGUGACGCGGUGGCCGCACAGGUGAAUGUGACCGCAGUGUCCACCACCGGCUGCACCGUCUGCUGAACCAGCGACAACAGCAGCCGAGCCGGCAACGCUCCGAUCCUGACCUGGGUGGUGGCGAGGUCAUCGGUCACGUGACACUGGUACAUGCCGGCCACGGACGGGUUGCCGCCGGUCAGCUGCAGAGCCGGCUGGCUGGCGGCGGCGGGCAGACGGCGGCCGUCCUUGAACCAGAUGAUGUCGCCGGCUGCCAGGGGCGGCGUCACGUGACAGGUCAGCAGAGCGGGCUGUCUGGUGGUCACCAGCAGCUGACUGGGUUCGAUGACAGCGCGGCGUGUCACUGUCACCUCCAGUCGCGUGUUCCGCGCCGCGCUGCCCACCUCCGAGCUCGGCGAUCUCGGCAUACGCCCGCGUCCCCUGACCUGACCCGGCGUACCACCAGCUGCUGGCCACUGACCUCGACAUGACCAGAGUGGAGCAGCGGCGUCAGCUCAGCGCCGCGCUACCGCGGUGUAGCCGUGCGGCUCUGGAGGUCCCUCACGGCGGCCGCCAGGGCCGCCACCUCUCCGUCGUCGCGGACGUCUUCUGGGCUCGGGAAAAUCGUCCCGUACCUCCGGAGACGCCAGCCCAUGAGGGCUGGGCACCGGAAGAAGAGGUGCCGGGACGUGUCGGCCUCCUCCCGGCACACGGUGCACCGGCCCGCCGUACAGUCGGUGUCAGGGCACUGGCGGCAAUCGUCGGAAGAGUUCCGUCCAACCCGGUGGAGGUAUUGGCGGGAGCCCGACCAGUGGCCCGCGCGGAGUUGGUGGACGUCGACGGCCGACGAUCUGUUCCUCGCCGCGACCGGUGGCGGCAGCCGGUUCCCCAUCAGGGUCCUGUACCAGCCCUCCGGCCAGGCGGCGGUGGUGCGGUCGCGGGCCAAUCUGACGGCCGCACGGUGGGCGGUAGCGACGUCAACCGGGACCGCCGCCUGGGGGAGCGCGGCCGCCUCCUGGGCGAUCUGGUCGGCGCGAUCGUUACCGUCGACGCCGCGCCGGCGGGCCGGCGCUGCGGGCCACCGUGCGCGGCGUCACACACUGGCGGUGUGAGUGUUAAUGGAAACAGACGACGCUGAGCUGGGGCCGGACGCAGCAGGCGACGGACGCUGUAGUGUGCUGGGCAAAAUAGUCCAAGAUGCUGGUAGCGGGUGAAAUACGCAGCUGCUCGUCGUCUCCAAGAGCGCCGCGGACGCCGUGGACUGCGCCAUCAAAGUCGACGGAAAGUCGGUUCCAGCAAUCGUCAGUGAUAUAUAAAAGUGAAAAGUUAAUAAAAUAUACAACUUUC